CAAAAGCAUCCUUUUUGACUCACUCACACUUCUCAAGAGCCUUUCCGCCUCCCCCCCUUUUUUUAUUUAGUUAUCAAAACUUUAUUUUAUCAUACCGUGUUUCGGAUCAAUUUUGGUGAACUUCAUCUUCAUAUUCUUACUCUCUACCGUUUGCUUGCGGAUUCAUGCACAAAUGCUGAACAGAAUUCAUAGACGCCGAAAUCCGUGAUUGAUCGAGUUCUAUAAUACAUGGUUUAUAUUAGCAGCUAGAAGUGAUAAAUUGAGACAUCAAGAUGUCUUACAGCAGAAGGGGGUCUGAUCCGCCACCGCAGAGGCGGAUACUGCGGACUCAGACUGCUGGGAAUUUGGGGGCAGACCCAAUCUUGGACAGUGAAGUGGUGCCUUCCUCACUAGUUGAGAUAGCUCCCAUUCUUCGUGUUGCUAAUGAAGUAGAGGCUAGCAACCCAAGGGUUGCUUAUCUCUGUCGAUUUUAUGCCUUUGAAAAGGCUCAUAGAUUAGAUCCCACAUCUAGCGGCCGUGGUGUUCGACAGUUCAAAACUGCUCUUCUUCAACGUCUAGAAAGGGAAAAUGACACAACAUUGCAAGGAAGAGUUAAGAGUGAUGCUCGGGAAAUGCAAAACUUUUAUCAGCAUUACUACAAAAAGUAUAUUCAAGCGUUACAGAAUGCUGCUGACAAGGACCGUGCCCAACUCACAAAAGCAUACCAAACUGCUGCUGUUUUAUUUGAGGUUUUGAAGGCAGUUAAUCAGACAGAGGCAGUUGAUGUAGCUGAAGAGAUUUUGGAGGCUCAUACUAAGGUAGAGGAAAACAAGCAGUUAUAUGCCCCAUAUAAUAUUCUGCCUCUUGAUCCUGAAAGUGGGAAAGAAGCUAUAAUGAGAUAUCCUGAGAUUCAAGCAGCUGUGUCUGCACUCCGUAAUAUAAGGGGUUUGCCUUGGCCAAAGGGUCAUGGGGACAAGAACAAAUUAAAUCAAGACAUCCUUGACUGGCUUCAGCUUAUGUUUGGUUUCCAGAAAGGUAACGUGGAAAAUCAAAGGGAACACUUGAUUCUUUUGCUCGCCAAUGUACAUAUAAGACAAGUUCCAAGACCUGAUCAACCACCAAAGUUGGAUGAUCGCGCCUUAACAGAAGUGAUGAAGAAACUCUUUAGAAACUACAAAAAGUGGUGCAAGUAUUUGGGUCGCAAAAGUAGCCUUUGGUUACCAACUAUUCAACAGGAGGUGCAACAGCGCAAAUUACUGUACAUGGGUCUAUAUCUUCUUAUAUGGGGUGAAGCUGCAAACUUGAGGUUUAUGCCAGAAUGCCUUUGUUAUAUCUAUCAUCAUAUGGCAUUUGAGUUGUAUGGCAUACUGGCUGGGAGUGUUAGUCAACUUACGGGUGAGCCUGUAAAGCCUGCAUAUGGUGGUGACAAUGAGGCUUUUCUGAUGAAAGUAGUAAAACCAAUAUAUGAUACAAUAGCAAAGGAAGCUUUGAGGAGUAAUACAGGAAAAGCAAAGCAUUCUCAGUGGAGAAAUUAUGAUGAUUUGAAUGAAUAUUUUUGGUCAAUUGAUUGUUUCCGGCUAGGCUGGCCAAUGCGCAUUGACUCUGAAUUCUUCUAUGUAUCUCCACUCCCUGAGAAACGCUCAGCUAACAAAGAUGAGGAAACUGGAAAUAUUGCCAGAGGUCGAUGGAUUGGGAAAACUAAUUUUGUUGAAAUACGCUCAUAUUGGCAUGUGUUUAGAAGUUUUGAUAGAAUGUGGAGCUUUUAUAUACUCUGUUUACAGGCAAUGAUAAUCAUCGCUUGGAAUGGCUCGGGUGAUUUAAGCUCCAUAUUUGAUGGUGAAGUUUUCAAGAAAAUUCUCAGCAUCUUUAUAACUGCUGCAAUAUUGAAACUUGCUCAAGCGAUUCUUGAUGUAGUCCUGAGUUGGAAAGCAAGGAAAGUCAUGUCACUUCAUGUCAAGCUGCGAUAUAUAUGUAAAGUUAUUUCAGCUGCUGCAUGGGUAGUAGUUUUGCCAGUCACUUAUGCUUUUAGUUGGAAAAAUCCAUCUGGUUUUGCACAGACCAUCAAGAAUUGGUUUGGCAAUGGUUCAGGAUCGCCUUCAUUGUUCAUUUUGGCUAUCUUCCUUUAUUUAUCUCCAAAUAUUCUCUCUGCACUGUUAUUCGUGUUCCCAUUCAUUCGCCGUUAUUUGGAGAGGUCUAACAAUGGCAUUGUGAAGCUCAUGAUGUGGUGGUCCCAGCCUCGGUUAUUUGUUGGAAGAGGAAUGCAAGAGGGACCAAUUCAACUCAUGAAGUACACUAUAUUUUGGGUUCUCCUUAUUCUAUCUAAACUAGCAUUUAGUUACUACAUGGAGAUUAAGCCUCUUGUGGGUCCAACAAAGGUCAUCAUGCAGGCCCACGUAUCACUUUAUAAGUGGCAUGAGUUCUUCCCCCAUGCCAAAAGCAAUAUUGGUGUAGUGAUUGCUAUAUGGUCUCCGAUCAUUCUUGUCUACUUUAUGGAUACACAGAUUUGGUAUGCUAUCUUCUCUACAAUAGUAGGAGGCAUAUAUGGUGCAUUUCGCCGUCUUGGAGAGAUACGAACAUUGGAACUCCUGCGGUCUCGUUUUGAAUCAAUUCCGGGUGCUUUUAAUGCUUGCUUGAUUCCUGUGGAGAAAAGUGAGAAAACCAAGAGAAAGAGUCUAUGGGCCACUUUUUUCCACAAAUUUGAACAGGUCUCUUCCAAUAAAGAAAAGGAGGCUGCAAGGUUUGCACAGUUAUGGAAUAAAAUUAUUACUAGUUUGAGGGAGGAGGACCUGAUUGAUAACAGGGAAAUGGACCUCCUGCUCGUACCAUAUUGGGCUGACCGUGAUUUAAACCUUAUCCAGUGGCCUCCUUUCUUACUUGCUAGCAAGAUCCCAAUAGCAGUGUCGAUGGCCAAAGACAGUUUUGGGAAAGGACAAGAGCUGGAAAAGAGAUUGACUCGGGACAAGUACAUGAAAUCUGCUGUUCUUGAAUGCUAUGCUUCUUUUAGGAAUAUUAUUAACUUCUUGGUUUUAGCAGAACGUGAGAAAUUGGUCAUUAAUAAUAUAUUUGGAAGAGUUGAUGAGCACAUAGACAAUGGAGAUCUUCUGACUGAACUGAAUAUGAGUGCUCUUCCCAGUCUAUAUGAUCGAUUUAUUAAACUGAUUGAAUUAUUGUCAGAUAACAAACAGGAGGACAAGGAUCAGGUUGUGAUUCUUUUGCUUGACAUGCUAGAGAUUGUGACCAGAGACAUAAUGGAAGGAGAAGUUGAGGGUUUGCUAGAUUCAAGCCAUGGUGGGUCUUUUGGAAAGGAUGAAAGGAUGACACCCCUUGAUCAACAAUAUCAGGUUUUUGGUAGACUUGCUUUUCCUGUCAAAACAGAAACUGAAGCUUGGAAAGAGAAAAUAAAAAGGCUUCAUUUAUUGCUCACUGUAAAGGAGUCUGCUAUGGAUGUACCAUCCAACCUGGAUGCUAGGAGGCGUAUAUCUUUCUUUUCUAAUUCAUUGUUUAUGGAUAUGCCACCUGCUCCCAAAGUGCGGAAUAUGCUGUCCUUCUCGGUCUUGACACCAUACUAUGAUGAAGCUGUUCUCUUUUCCAUAGACGAGCUAGAAGAGCCAAAUGAAGAUGGAGUGUCUAUCCUAUUUUACUUGCAAAAGAUAUUUCCAGAUGAAUGGAAAAACUUUCUUGAACGAGUUGAAUGUAAGAGUGAAGAACAAGUCAGAGGAGAGUUAGAAGAAGAACUCCGUUUAUGGGCAUCAUAUAGAGGCCAAACAUUGACCAAAACUGUCCGAGGGAUGAUGUAUAUCCGACAAGCUUUGGAGCUACAGGCUUUUCUUGAUAUGGCAAAAGAUGACGAUCUCAUGAAAGGUUACAAGGCAGCUGAACUAGAGAGUAAGGAAAAUCCACACACUGAGCGAUCGUUGUGGACUCAAUGUCAAUCAUUAGCUGACAUGAAGUUCGCAUAUGUGGUUUCAUGUCAACAAUAUGGUAUUCACAAGCGAUCUGGUGAUCCUAGGGCAAAAGAAAUUUUAAAGCUCAUGACUAAGUACCCAUCUCUUAGAAUUGCUUAUGUUGAUGAGGUUGAAGAGCCUAGCAAAGAUAAAACCAAAAAGAAUGAAAAGGUUUAUUAUUCAGCUCUUGUGAAAGCUGCUUUACCAGCAAAGUCAAUUGGUUCGUCUGAAACAGUUCAAAGUUUAGAUCAGGUAAUCUACAAAAUAAAGCUUCCAGGACCUGCUAUAUUGGGUGAGGGGAAACCAGAGAAUCAGAACCAUGCCAUCAUUUUCACACGUGGGGAAGGCUUGCAAACAAUAGACAUGAAUCAGGAUAAUUAUAUGGAAGAAGCUUUCAAAAUGAGGAAUUUGUUGCAAGAAUUUCUCAAAAACCAUGGUGUGAGACAGCCAACAAUACUUGGGCUUAGGGAACAUAUAUUUACUGGCAGUGUUUCAUCCCUUGCUUGGUUUAUGUCCAAUCAGGAGAAUAGUUUUGUGACAAUUGGGCAAAGAUUGCUGGCAAACCCCCUGAAGGUACGGUUCCAUUAUGGCCAUCCAGAUGUAUUUGAUAGACUUUUCCACCUGACAAGAGGGGGCAUAAGCAAGGCCUCCAAGGUCAUAAACUUGAGCGAAGAUAUAUUUGCAGGUUUCAAUUCUACAUUGCGUGAAGGCAACGUCACUCAUCAUGAGUACAUACAAGUUGGUAAAGGAAGAGACGUGGGUCUCAACCAGAUAUCAAUGUUUGAGGCAAAGAUAGCUAAUGGGAAUGGGGAGCAGACAAUGAGUAGGGACAUAUAUAGGCUUGGGCACCGCUUUGAUUUCUUCCGAAUGUUAUCUUGUUAUUUCACCACUAUUGGCUUCUAUUUCAGUACCCUGGUUACUGUCCUCACCGUUUAUGUAUUCCUUUAUGGCCGCCUCUAUCUUGCCCUUAGUGGACUUGAAGAAGGGCUGAACAAUAAAAGAAUCAUUCGAGAUAACAGAGCCCUUCAAGCAGCUCUUACUUCACAAUCUGUUGUGCAAAUUGGAUUUUUGUUGGCCUUACCUAUGGUGAUGGAAAUUGGUUUGGAGAGGGGCUUUCGUCAAGCAUUAAGUGAAUUUGUACUCAUGCAAAUUCAGUUGGCUCCUGUGUUUUUCACAUUUUCACUUGGAACAAAAACACACUAUUAUGGAAGGACAUUGCUUCAUGGAGGUGCACAGUACCGAGGCACUGGUCGUGGUUUUGUGGUGUUUCAUGCUAAGUUUGCUGAUAACUAUAGACUCUAUUCCCGCAGCCAUUUUGUUAAAGGGAUUGAGUUGAUGAUUCUGCUUGUGGUGUACCAUAUAUUUGGCAAGUCUUACAGAGGCACAGUGACCUAUGUUUUAAUUACCCUAACCAUAUGGUUCAUGGUAGCGACAUGGCUUUUUGCUCCCUUCCUUUUCAACCCCUCAGGCUUUGAGUGGCAAAAGAUAAUUGAUGAUUGGACUGAUUGGCAUAAAUGGAUAAGCAACCGUGGAGGUAUUGGUGUACCACCUGAGAAAAGUUGGGAAUCCUGGUGGGAAAAGGAACAUGAGCAUCUCCACCACUCUGGAAUGCGUGGUAUUAUUACCGAGAUUAUACUAUCUCUUCGCUUUUUCCUAUAUCAAUACGGGCUUGUAUAUCACCUCUCAAUCACUAACACGACUCAAAGUGUUCUGGUUUACGGUUUGUCAUGGUUGAUAAUCUUUGUAAUCUUGGGUCUAAUGAAGGGUGUAUCUGUUGGCAGGCGCCGCCUCAGCGCAGACUUCCAGCUUUUGUUUCGGUUGAUUAAGGGCUCCAUUUUCUUAACAUUCCUUGCCACCUUCAUAAUAUUGAUAGCAGUGGCAAAAAUGACAAUCAAGGACAUAGUAGUCUGCAUUCUAGCUGUAAUGCCAACAGGCUGGGGAUUGCUGCUGAUAGCACAAGCUUGUAAGCCAGCCAUUCAACAUGCUGCUUUUUGGGGUUCUGUCCGGGCGCUUGCUCGUGGAUAUGAAAUAAUAAUGGGUUUGCUUCUCUUCACACCAGUUGCUUUCUUGGCAUGGUUCCCAUUUGUUUCAGAGUUUCAAACAAGAAUGCUCUUCAACCAAGCCUUCAGUCGAGGUCUACAGAUUUCGCGUAUUCUUGGUAGACAAAGAAGGGAUCGGGCUGCCAACAACAAAGAGUGAUUAUAGUUGUACAGAGUUUAAUUUUUAUCAAUAUCAUUGUAAAAAUAUUUACAUAAAUCAAUCACAUGUUAUAUGGUUGUUAUAUGAUUGUUAGGGUAUGACUUCAAAGAUAAGUAUCGUCUAAUGUGAGAAUAGCUAAGUAUAUGAUUUAGAUAGAUGUCUUGCAAUUAUAAGCAUUCAUAGAAAUAGAACAUAUGUACACUUGUAUCCUCACUGGUAGUUUUGUAAAUGUUGUGUUACAACAUAUUCCCAAAACUUUGUAUAUUGUGUUUUAUUAUGUAUUACAUGUUAUUGAAUU